AUGUUGGCUCUGCCCUUCUUCUUUCUAGGCGGCCUCGCCGUCUUGGGCUUCAUAGUAUUCUAUGAUAAAAGACAUUCUAAGAUUUUACCAUUCCCACCUGGACCAAAACCACUGCCGAUAAUCGGCAACCUUCACCAAGCACCAACUCAUUAUCCAUGGAGAAUCUUUCAGCAAUGGGCAAAACAGUAUGGACCAAUAUUCAAGCUUCAAUUCGGACCCAGUACCAUUAUCAUGCUCAACAACCAUGAAACAGCUCAUGACUUGCUUGACAAGCGAAGCAGUAUCUACAGUUCCAGACCUAGGGUUGUUAUGGCAGCAGAGUGCUUGGGCCGCGGAAUGCUAACGCUUCUGAUGCCAUAUGCAGCUCAAUGGAAGGCGCACCAGAAACUCCAGAUGCAUGUCCUCAAUGUACGAGUCUCUCAGACUUACUGCGUCCUUCAAGAUCUCGAAAGCAAGCAGCUCCUGUUCGAUAUGCUAUCUACAAACAAAUUCACUGAUGGAUUUCGACGUUACGCAGCUGGUCUUGUUUUCGCACUCGCUUAUGGCAAAAGAAUCUCCGAUACGAAUUCACAAGACUUGAAGGAAUUAGACGAGGUUAUCGAGAACACUCUGAGUACACUACAACCCGGAUGGCUUGUCGACUUAUUCCCUAUGCUCAACAAGCUCCCCAAAGUUUUAGCUCCCUGGAGGAGAUUAGGGGAUAAACUUUUCAACACUGAGUCUCAUAUUUGGAGCAAAAACUUCAACAACGCCAAAUCUUCACCCUCUUGGAAUUGGUCCAAGGAAAUUCAGAGCGUGAACAAGGGACAAAUGUCACCCUUGGAAUUGGCGUACGAUGUGGGAAUUGUGUGGGAGGUCUCAACCGAUACAACAACUAUCGCACUCGAGGUUUUUGUUCUUGCUGCAGUCCUCCAUCCUCAUAUUGUCAAAAAGGCACAAGCCGAACUUGAUCGUGUUGUUGGACAAGAGAGGCUACCUAAUUUCAGCGACAAGGACAAUCUGCCAUACAUUCAUGCUUUCAUGCAAGAGGUAUUACGAUGGCGACCGGUAGCUGCUGGCGGCGUACCCCAUGCUGUGACCGAAGAAGAUGAAUAUUUGGGGUAUCGUAUUCCAAAAGGAGCAACAGUAAUCGCCAAUCAAUGGUCGAUCGCUCACGACGAGAACAUUUUCCCCAACCCGGAGAGCUUCGAGCCCGAACGGUGGAUUAUCGAUCCAAAUCUUCCUGUCGUAGCUUUUGGCCAUGGCCGGAGAACAUGUUUCGGUCAGCACAUUGCGAAAAACUCUCUAUUCAUCAUCACCGCACGUUUCUUGUGGGCUUUUGAUAUCACAUGCGCAUUUGAGGAGAAGUAUGGUCAUAAGGUUUGGAUUGUUCCGGAUCCUUUGAACAUGACCCAAGGAUUUAAUUCAAAACCGGAAGAUUUCAAGGCAGAGUUCAGUCCUAGGAGUUCGCAGGCUGAGGAGGUAAUUAGAAGAGAGUGGAAGAUGGAAGGAAAGGAUAUUAAUGUGAUUAUGGAUCGUGUACAACAGGAUCAAGCUGCUCAAAGGGGAAAGGUUGCUCAGAAAGUCUGA